AUGUUCACUAAUUUUCGUAAUAGUGAAUUAGGACUUAUAGCACUUGCUUUAGACGAAGAGGAAAACGAACGAAGGCAAACAAGAAGAAGAAAAUUAUGGAUCCACAGUGCCUGGAAAACAAGACCAGUACAGGGAGAGUUUCGAACACUAUUUUCUCACCUCGUAGAUGAUGAGACUAAGUUUUAUGAAUAUUUUAGGAUGACGCAGUACACCUUCUGUGAACGUUUAAAGAAACUAGAACCAAGGCUGAGAAAAAAUGACACGUUCUGGAGAGUAUCAGUUUCACCCAAAGAACGACUGGCUGUUUUUUUACGGUUCCUUGCUACAGGAGAUUCCUUUAAAACUAUUUCCUUCAGCUACAGGUUGGGAAAAUCCACAGUUGCAGCUAUCGUCCAUGACACCUCUAGAACAGUUAUCGAUUUAUUGUUAGAAGAGGUGAUGCCUGUGCCGAAUGAAGAAAAAUGGAAUGCUAUAGCUGAGGAGUUUUGGACAAAAUGGCAGUUUCCAAACCGCAUUGGAUCUUUAGAUGGAAAGCACGUAACAAUACAGGCUCCAAACAACUCAGGAAGUCUCUAUUGGAAUUACAAAAAAACAUAUUCCAUUGUGCUUCUUGCUCUGGUUGACCCAUGUUAUAAUUUUAUUGCAAUAGACGUGGGAGCGUACGGAAAAAACUCUGAUGGAGGCAUUCUAGUAAAUUCAAAUCUUGGAAAGUCAUUGGAAAACAAUACCCUUAGCGUCCCAAAGAGUAAAACUUUACCUGGAACUGAUGUUGAACUUCCAAUGGUAAUUGUAGGCGAUGAAGCUUUCCCUCUCAAAACAUACUUGAUGCGACCAUAUCCUGGCAGGAACUUAACAAAUGACAAGGCUAUAUUUAAUUAUCGUUUGAGUCGGGCAAGAAGAAUAUCCGAAAAUGCAUUCGGUAUAUUGCAACAGAAAUUUCGAAUAUUUAGAAGAAUCCUUCAGGGAGAUCCUAAUAACCUUACAAUGAUUGUGACGGCUGCGUGUGUACUGUACAACUUUAUUCGAAAAAUGGAAGGUUAUAGGGUGCCCGAACAGAGGAUGGAUCAAACGGAAACUGCUGAGGGAUCCGGAAGUUCAUCAAAUCUUCGAAACCUACCUCGAAUUCGUGGGAGAUCAACAGAUGCUGCAUUUGCUGUACGAGAACAACUCAGAAAAUUCCUGAACUCUCCACAAGGGACUGUGGAAUGGCAAGAACAUGUCGCCUUGGCGAUAUAA